AUGGCGCAAAACCUGUUGCCAUUCUGUGUCAUUGCUUUACUAGUGAUUACCGUCGGAGUCAACGCUAAACGUGGCUGCUCCGCUUUCGGUCACUCCUGUUUCGGCGGUCAUGGAAAACGAUCCGGUGACUCCAAUAUGGUAGAUCAAGCGAAUUCGGAUGUUAUUGACAGUCCACAACUAGGACAGGAAGAGACCCCGCCUCACCCCAUAUACCCGCAAUCUGGUUAUGGAAUCCUGCCUGGAGACGACAUCAUUCCUAUCAGAGAUGGAGGUGUGUACGACAGGGAGGAGAAUAACGUGAGAGACGCUGUCAAAAUGAAGUUACGGAAUAUUCUCAAAUAUUGGAUGGACAACUAUAGGCGAUCGAGAUUGACCAACGACGGAUACUACAUUGAGAAGUUGUAA